AGGCAGGGCCGCGCCAUGGCCCGCACGGCUCCCCCGACGGUGCCGCCGCCUCCGGGGCCGCCGGCCCGCGGCUCUCUCAGCCUCCAUCGCGCCUUCCUGCGGAGCCCGCUGGGCCUGCUACGACUGGGGCAGCUGGCUCUGGGCGCUGCCUUCUGGGUGACGGUAGCGGCUCAUAAGUACGAAGGGGCGGCCCACUUCGCUCUGUUUGCCGCCGUCCUCGUCUGGCUCCUCACCCUGGCCCUCUUCGGGCUGAGCCUGCUGGGGCGCUGGGAGCUGGUGCCCUGGUUGGGCUCCCGCUGGCUCCUCACCAACCUGGUGCACGACCUGGCACUGGGUGUGGGGCUCUACGCAGCUGCCACCGGCAUCAUGGGUCACAAGGCCAAGCAGAGAAGCUUUUGCAACCUGCCGGGCUACAGCCAGCACUGCCUGUACAGUGCCUACUUGAGCGCCUCCAUCUGUGGGGGCAUCACUGCCUGCCUGUACCUCUUCUCCGGGCUCUACUGCCUGUUGCGGCGUUGCCAGGACCAGCGAGACAUCAUCUGACAUCCCGUGCCACUCGGCUCCCCUUCUCAGCCGCAGACAGAACACAGCCUGUCCUUGGGAUGAAACGACCCUGCCACCCCAUCCCCUCCUGGCUGACUGCACUGCAAUUCCUCCAGAGACUCCUGCACAGACGGAUGGACAGACAGAGGCCUUUGCCGAGCACGGCUUCCCCUGCAGAGCACCGAGACAGCAUGGACACCGAGCCACUGCACAGGCCCUUCUCCUAGCCCCGGACAGACAUAGGAUACUGCAAGUGGAAGGACCCAAAUGGAGAGCCCCUAAGAGGGAUACCAAUCUUUGGGAGCCCCCCUAGGACUCAAGCCAAAAUCCCCUGGUCUUGCCAGUGCUGCAUGUUCAGAGAGGUUUGUGGCUCCAAGCCACCAGAGCCACUGAACCAGCCCUGGGGCCAGACUACUCCAAAAGGGACAGAAACAGCCUUGCUGAUGGUUCUGGAGACUAGCCUGCAGCCCUGCCUGUCUCUGCCACACUUGGUUUAUCAUCCUGGAAAAUCUUCAUCUCUGGACUCUGUGGGACUGGGACUGGGCCUGGAGACUGUGGUGGGGUGGAGGGGAAGGGUGAGCACUGCAGCAGUCUGUGCUGGCACUCUCGCCAUGGGGGAGCUGGGGCCAGGCAUUGUGGGAGCACAACCUGUCUUGGAGAACAUAAGAGGACACUGGCACUGGAGCAGCCGAGUCCUGGAUCAGCCUCCAGAACCCACCAGGUGCCAAGCCCUGACGACACCAUGUAGGGCUGACUAGAGAGAUGGGCACCUAGAGACAGAAUUUUUGGAGCAGUGCCACACUAGGGCUGCCCUGCCACAAGCCCUCUUCACCCUGCCUGGAGGCAGGUCUGUAUUGCUCUUGGUUCAAGGGAGGGUCUGCUCCCAUCUCUCUGUAGACUUAGAUCAGUGAGACAGGUGUCCCCAGUGGCUGGCCACAGCUGCCUAUUGCCUGGGGUUCCCUGACACCUGUUUUGAAGUGUAGAGCAGCAGCCAUGGUUCACCUGGGGCCUUGAAGGGGUCUGGGAUUGGUACUGGGUCGCCACUUCCACCAUGAUGUGCUGUCCCAGUGCAUACCCCGUCAUGCCCCAGGCCAUGUACCCCUUCCUUGGGCAGGACAUGCUGUCUGUGCCCUGUGUCAAGGCUGGUCCCUGACACCGCCUGCCCCUGCCUUACUCUGGUGCAGCCCCUGGCCCAGGCUGUCCAAAAUGCCCUCGGUGCUUCUGCCACCACAAGUGCCUUCUCCUGGCUUUCUGCAGCCCUGUCUGUCACACCAGCUCUAUCCCCCUACAGCCUCCUUUCAGGUGCCAAUGGAUUCACCUUCCAAAUAAAGCAAUAUUGGCGCUCA